UUCCAUGUUUUUGUAAGGUUUCUGGAAACAUCUAUUUUCAUUUUGUGCUGGAUCAGCAAUUUUAUCCUCCUUGUGUGUAUUUUUUCAUCUGUUAAUAUUUUGUGCUACCGUUUACUGUUUUGUCUAGACUCGGAGAAUAUCUCUCCUUCUGGAAUGGGUGAAAUAAAACAUCAAAAGCCCUUAUUUCGCCCCCUGGAUCCCGAUGAUACUGAGCCCGAAGUCACAGAAAUUGAAAGCUUGUGUAUGAACUGUCAGAAAAAUGGUACCACCAGAAUACUCCUGACGAAGAUCCCGUUCUACAAAGAAGUUGUAUUGAUGUCCUUCUCAUGUGACGAUUGUGGGUAUCAGAACAACGAACUACAGUCAGGAGGCGAAAUUCAAGAGAAAGGGAUCCGAAUCAAGUUGGUUGUGAACACGGUAGCAGAUCUGAACCGGACAGUUGUUAAAUCUGAACAUACAAUAAUAAAUGUCCCUGCGAUCGAAUUUGAAGUCAAAUCUACCAAAGGAGAUGUGACAACAGUGGAGAGUGUUAUUUCAAGCGCUAUCUCGAGUUUUCAGGAGAUUCAUUCCAAGAGCCUAGAAGCCAAUCCGGUGGAAGCUGAUGUUCUCGGUAAACACAUUGAGAAGCUAGUUGGUCUGUUGGAAGUCAAAGAACCUUUUACAAUGUGCUUCGAAGAUAUAAGUGGAAACUGUUUUGUAUCAAAUCCCCAUGCACCUCAAAGAGAUCCUGAUUGUACGUCACACCAUUUUGUCCGGACGAAAGAGCAAGACCAUGCACUGGGAAUUUUCGAUCACUCGGAGGUAGAAGACAACGAAGCGAAGCAGCAGGACCAUAUUCUUCCUCCUAUCAAUGAAACAGGUCACACUCUAGAGGAUCUUGAAGGCGAGGUGCUAUGCUUCAGAACCAAUUGCCCUAACUGCAGUGCACCUUGUGAUACCAACAUGAAGAUGACCAAUAUUCCUUAUUUCAAGGAGAUGGUUAUCAUGGCGACAACCUGUGAAGCUUGUGGGCACCGCUCUAACGAAGUGAAGGGCGGAGGCGGAAUUGAACCUCAAGGCUUAAAAAUAGAGGUCAGCGUUGUUGACAAAGAAGAUUUAUGCCGCGAUAUUCUCAAAUCGGAGACUUGCAGUGUAUCAAUUCCUGAGCUGGACCUGGAAGUCGGAUCUGCCGCUCUUGGCGGGAAGUUUACGACUGUCGAAGGCUUAAUCGUAAAUAUGAAGGAACAGCUGGACUCUCAAGGGCGGAUGUUUAGUGACAGUGCAGAGCCAGGUUCCCUAGAGAAACUGCAAGAGUUUCUUACCCGGUUAGAUGAUGUAUUGAAACAAAAGACACAAAUCACUCUAGUCCUGGAUGACCCUGCCGGAAAUAGUUAUGUUCAGAGUAAAACGCCUCCAGACCCUGACGAUGGACUGAAGAUCACCCAUUAUGAAAGGAAUUUCGAUCAGAACGAAGAGCUUGGAUUGAAUGAUAUGAAAACUGAAAACUACGAAGAGGAUAGUUGAUUUUCAGAUGGAUACAUUAUCAGUCAAAAAUCAGGUCCAUUGUUUUCCUCUGUGAGGUGUCAUGCACUAAAUCAUCGUUGCUUUGAUCACGAAACUUCAGAUGUUAUUCAGAGCCUAUAAGUUCUGUCCAAAAGGCUCGAUCGUAUUUAAGUUUUGCAAUUGUUAAAAUUGUUGAAGUUGAUUUCUCUUUAUUUUUAUUCAAUAUCUCUGUUUAUAACAGAUUGAGCCGUUGAAAUCGGUACUUUUUGUUGCAACAAGAUCAGAUAUUAAACAAAACAACAUCAAAUUAUAUUAUAUUUUAUUAUCCCUAUCAUA